AUGACGGCUCUGGAAGAAUCAGAGCUCUGCCUUCCACAUCUGAACUCCUCCUGCAGGAAGCCAGCACAGCCUCACGCUGCAGUUAUGCUGAUAUACGUUCUACUUUCCUCCAUUUCUUUCGUCACCAUCGCUCUUAACCUACUGGUCAUCAUCGCCAUCUCCCACUUCAGGCAACUCCACACUCCCACCAACCUCUUUCUCCUCUCUCUGGCCGUCUCUGACCUCUUGGUGGGCCUCCUGCUGAUGCCAGUUGAGAUCAUCUACAUAGAAGUCUGCUGGUUUCUUGGUGACAUUCUGUGCACUCUGUAUUACUUCGCUGACUACGUCAUCACCUCCGCCUCUGUCGCAAACAUGGUGUUCAUUUCACUGGAUCGCUACCUAGCCAUUUGUGACCCUCUUGGUUACGCCACCAAGGUUAAUAAGGGCAGAGCGCAGGUUUGUGUGUGCUUGUGUUGGGUUUGUUCUGUGCUUUACAGGCUUCUUCUUUUAAACGACCACCUGGAGAACCCAGGCAAGUCCAACACCUGCUCUGGAGAGUGUGUGGUCAUCAUAAGUAAUGUUGCAGGGGUAAUCGACAUGAUCUUCACCUUCAUCGUACCCAUCACUGUCAUCAUCGUUCUGUAUUUCAGAGUAUUUGUAGCGGCUUUGUCUCAGGCUCGGACGCUGCGGUCUCAGACAGCAGCUGCUGAAUCCAAACUGGGUCCCGUCUCUUUAAGGAGAAAUGAGAUGAAAGCAGCCAGGACUCUUGGUGUUGUUGUAGUUGUGUUUUUAUUUUGUUUCUGUCCGUAUUAUUUCCCAGCGUUGGAGGGCGAAGACACUUCAGUAAAUGCUUCAUCUGCACCCUUUGACAUCUGGUUGGCACAUUUUAACUCCUGUUUGAACCCGGUCAUCUACGCCUUUUUCUACCCCUGGUUCAGAAAAUCCAUAAUGCUCAUCCUGACACUUCAGAUUCUGCGUCCUGGCUCCCGUGACAUUAAAAUACUGUACUGA